UCGACUGCCCCUCAACACUAUCUCAACAUCAGCGAAUGCAUACUGGAGAAAAAGUAUACAAAUGUGAAGAAGGCAAUCAAAGCUUUAAGGACUGUUCAUCAAUAAAUGGACAUUCGGAGAUCUAUUCUGGAGAGAAACCCUGCAAAUGUCAAGAAUGUGGCAAGGCUUUUAACGAUCACUCAAGUCUUAAUAGACAGCACCAAAUUCAUAUUGCAAGGAAAAAUUACAACUGUAAUGAAUGUGCCAGAGCCUUUACAUCAUGUUCAAAACUUAUUCAACAUCAGAGAAUUCAUACUGGAGAGAAACCUUACCAAUGUCAAAAAUGUGGCAAGGCCUUUAAACGCCUUUCACACCUUUCUCAACAUCAUAGAAUUCAUACUGGAAAGAAACCUUACCAAUGUCAGGAAUGUGGCAAGGCCUUUACCUGGAGGUCAAAUCUUUCUCGGCAUCACAAAAUUCAUACUGCAGAGAAAACUUACCAAUGUCAAGAAUGUGGCGAGGCCUUUAAGUGGAGGUCACAUCUUUAUCAACAUCACAAUAUUCAUAAUGGAGAGAAAACUUACCAAUGCCAAGAAUGUGGCAAGGCCUUUAACUGGAGGUCAGGUCUUGCUGAGCAUAAAAGAAUUCAUUGUGGAGAAAAUCCUUACCAAUGUGAAGAAUGUGGCAAGCCCUUUAAGGACAGCACAACUCUUAUUGAACAUUACAGAACUCAUACUGGACAGAAACCUUACCGAUGUCAAAAAUGUGGCAAGGCCUUUAACUGCCUUUCACACCUUUCUGAACAUGAUAGAAUUCAUACUGGAAAGAAACCUUACCAGUGUCAACAAUGUGGUAAGGCCUAUGCCGUCCCUUCACAACUUACUAAGCAUCACCGAAUUCAUACUGGAGAAAAACCUUACCAAUGUCAAGAAUGUGGCAAGGCCUUUAGUGACAGGUCAACCCUUACUGAACAUCACAGAAUUCAUAGUGGAGAAAAACCUUAUCAAUGUCAAGAAUGUGGCAAGGCCUUUACCUGGAGGUCAAAUCUUUCUCGGCAUCAGAAAACUCAUAGUGCAGAGAAACCUUACCAAUGUCAAGAAUGUGGCAAGGCCUUCAAGUGGAGGUCACAUCUUUGUCAACAUCACAAUAUUCAUAACGCAGAGAAACCUUACCAAUGUCAAGAAUGUGGCAAGGCCUUUAACUGGAGGUCAGGUCUUGCUAAGCAUAAGAGAAUUCAUUGUGGAGAAAAAUCUUACCAAUGUGAAGAAUGUGGCAAGCCCUUUAAGGACAGCACAACUCUUAUUGAACAUCAUAGAACUCAUACUAGAGAGAAACCUUACCAAUGUCAAGAAUGUGGCAAGGCCUUUAUCCACAGCUCAAACCUUAUACAACAUCACAGAAUUCAUACUGGAGAGAAACCUUACCAAUGUCAGGAAUGUGGCAAGUCCUUUAGCUGGAGGUCAGGUCUUACUCACCAUUACAGAAUUCAUUAUGGAGAAUAAUCUUACCUAUGUGAAGAAUGCCACAAGUCCUUUAGGGACAGCUCAACUCUUAUUGAACAUUACAGAACUCAUACUGGAAAGGAACCUUACCAAUGUCAAAAAUGUGGCAAGGCCUUUAACUGCCUUUCACACCUUACUUGACAUCAUAGAUUUCAUACUGGAGAGAAACUUUACCAAGUCAGGAAUGUGGCAAGGUCUUUAAGGUGAACUCACACCUCAGUCGACAUAGCAUAACUCCUACUAGAGCGUAACCCAUAAAUUCCAAAAAUGUGGCAAGGCCUCUAACUGGUGCCUAAGGCUUAGCAUCAGAGAAUUUGUAAUAGA